AGCCAUAGCUGGAGGUUGCUCUUUUGUCAAUGACCUUUCCCAACUCUUCCAUCAUCUUAGAAGAUAAGAUGUGUGAAAGGAACAGGACCACCAUGCCCAUCUCCCAGCUAAUGCCCCUGGUGGUAGUCCUGAGCACCAUCUCCUUGGUCACAGUGAUGCUCAACUUGCUGGUCCUGUGUGCUGUGCGCAGCGAGCGGAAGCUGCACACCGUGGGGAACCUGUACAUCGUUAGCCUCUCGGUGGCGGACCUGAUUGUGGGAGCUGUUGUCAUGCCCAUGAACAUCCUCUACCUCUUCAUGACCAAGUGGUCCCUGGGCUGGCCUCUCUGCCUCUUUUGGCUUUCCAUGGACUAUGUGGCCAGCACAGCAUCUAUUUUCAGUGUCUUCAUCUUGUGCAUUGAUCGCUACCGUUCUGUCCAGCAGCCCCUCAGAUACCUGAAGUACCGCACCAAGACCCGAGCGUUGGCCAUCAUCGUGGGAGCCUGGUUUCUCUCCUUCCUCUGGAUUAUUCCUAUUCUGGGCUGGCAUCACUUCAUGCCGCAGAUCUCAGGGCAACAGAGGGACAAAUGUGAGACAGACUUCUACAAUGUCCUCUGGUUCAAGAUCAUGACCGCCAUCAUCAACUUCUACCUGCCUACCUUGCUCAUGCUCUGGUUCUACGCCAAAAUCUACAAGGCUGUCCGGCAGCACUGUCAACACCGGGACCUCAUCAACAGAUCCCUCCCUUCCUUUUCUGAAAUUAAGCUGAAGCCAGAGAGCCCCAAGAUGGGGGCCAAGAAACCAGGGAAGAAGUCUCCCUGGGAGGUUCUGAAAAGGAAACAGAAAGUUGCUGGUGAUGGACCGGUCUUGAAGCCACCAUCCCAAGACCCAAAGGAGAUGAAAUCUCCAGGUGUCUGCAGCCAAGAGGAUGAUGAAGAAGUGGACAAACUUCACUGCCUCCCACUUAAUACUGUGCAAACACAGACUGAGGCGGAAGGAAGUGGCACAGGCUACAUAACCACUGACCAGAGCCAGAGCCAAAGCCAGCUUGAGAUAGAUGCGCAGAGCAUGACUAUGCAUGGGGCCAGUGAGAUAUCAGAGGAUCAGACCCUAGGCGAUAGCCAGUCCUUCACUCCAACAGACUCGGACACCCCCACAGAGUCAGCAUUGGGGAAAGGCAAACCGAGAAGUGAGUCCAGCACAGGCCUCGAUUACAUCAAGUUCACUUGGAAGAGGCUCCGCUCGCACUCAAGACAGUAUAUAUCUGGGUUGCACAUGUACCGAGAGCGGAAGGCCGCCAAACAACUGGGUUUUAUCAUGGCAGCCUUCAUCCUUUGCUGGAUCCCAUACUUCAUCUUCUUCAUGGUCGUUGCCUUCUGCGAGAGCUGUUGCAACGAACAUGUGCACAUGUUCACUAUCUGGCUGGGCUACAUCAACUCCACACUGAACCCCCUCAUCUACCCUUUGUGCAAUGAGAACUUCAAGAAAACAUUCAAGAAAAUUCUGCACAUUCGCUCCUAAGGGAGGCUGCAGGGAGAUGCGACAAAGUGAUAUUUAGGUUGUCCCUGAAGA